AUGCGGAACCUCAAUGGGUACGAGAUCAAUGGACGCAACCUCCGGGUGGACUUUGUCGAUGGUAAGGACAAGUCUGGAGGGUCCGAACGAAAACGUCACGAGACUGGAAGCCAUAAUGGGGACAAGUCUGGAGGGUCCGAACGCAAACGUCACGAGACUGGAAGCCAAUCUCGACCUGGGGGAGCUACUGGUAGCAACUUUUGGAGCGAGGGCGGGCACCCGACGAUGGGGACUGGAGAGAUGGCGAUCCAUGCAAUCGAGUCGGCCAUCUCUCGGUUCGGACCAGUCAAGUUGUACGACAUGUUGGUGCAGCUGAAGGAGCAUGCAACGCAGAAGCCAGAGGUGACCAAGAGCAUUAUGAUGGCGAACCCAGCGCUCACACCUGCACUUGUGCACAGAAUGAUGGCGAACCCAGCGCUAACACAUGCACUUGUGCAGAGUUUCAAGACACUACAGAUCUCCAUUCCGUCGUCAACAGAGACACAAGCAGUGUUGCUGGCCCCUCCUCCCAUGAUGCACCAACCACCACCCAUGGCAGGAAGGAUGAUGCAGCAACCGCUACGGCCAUCUAUGGGCGGGUCUGCGGUAUCUAGUUCUGGUAUUCUAGGUAUGGCCCCGCCAGGUGUUCGGUCGGCUAUGCCAGGAGCGUCAGCAAAAGCUGGUGGUACGCGAUGGAGUGCACGACCGGGGCCUUUGGCUGCUCAGGCGACGAGUGCCGCUAUGACCAACAGACCCGCCCCUGCUUCUAGCCCGAUGCACACUCAGUCUAAAUCAAGCUUGAUGCCCACACCAACUGUACCAGCACAUUCGAGCGAACCGCCUAGCAGUAACUUGGCGCACGCUAGUCGCGAUCCUUGUCGAGCAGGAAGAGGAGAUCCACGUGCAGCCAAGAGACCGUAUUCCGCUGGCGAAGGACCGGUAGCGCCUACACAAGGAGACCACGACGCUCUGAAGCGCGUCAAGUCCAGCGGUGCAGGCGGCGAUAGCGCUUCAACUGGUCAUUUUGACGCUAUCGCUGAACUUGCGCGCAACACGACCCCACAAAACCUCGACAUGCUGCCACCAAACGAACGGCAGAUGCUGCUGGCUUUCAUGCAGCAGAACAAUAUUCCAUUUGGAACGGGACAAAGUGUUUAUGAUGGUAUUCAAGUUCAUCAGGGUGCUUAA